AUGAGCCCUGUAGAGUGGGCAGCCGCCCACUGCACUGCCAGGCUGAUGUUGGCUAGUGGUGCCAGCCUUGCUGAUCCUUCUCACCUGCCGCAGGAAUCCCCUUUGCUGGAUCUCUGCCUGCUGAAACUCAGUGCAUCCAAACGAGUAAAACGCCACCUCCUCCAUGAAGCUGUCCUUGUUCUUCCCAAGAGUAAGGAUCCUUCUCCUGCAGAGCUGGAGAAGCUCUUUGUUUCGUUCCCCUCUAAUGCCUUGAGCAUCUUCAGUUAUGCACUGAAGCCACUUAUACAGUUUUCAGAUUUCGGUAACUAUAGCAACUAUAGCAAUGAGCUGCCUGAGCCAGACGAGUAUUUAUGCCCUGAAGUCCGUGGCUGGGCAGACCAACUGGGCCUCAAGGCAGUUUUUGUGCUUUUGGCCUAUAGCGCCAUCUUCCUCCUGGGCAUGAUGGGCAACACCUUGGUGCUAGUGAUCCUGAAGAGCCAUCGCACGUCCCGAAGCUCCACAGAGACCUUCCUCCUCCACCUGGCUGUGGCCGACCUCCUCCUUGUGCUCACCCUGCCCUUCGCGAUGAUUGAGGGUGCCGUGGGCUGGGUGCUCGGGGCCUUCUUCUGUAAGGCCGUGAGCGCCCUACACAAAGUCAAUUUCUACUGUAGCAGCCUGCUCCUGGCCUGCAUUGCCGUGGAUCGCUACCUGGCCAUCGUCCACGCCGUCCACACCUACCGCCACCGUCGGCUCCUCUCAGUCCGUGUCACCUGUGCUGCUGUUUGGCUGGCCAGCUUCCUCUGUGCCCUCCCCGAGCUCCUGUUCGUGAAGGUCAGCAAAAGUGGCGCCAACAAUUCUGCCACUUGCAGUUUCUCUGGCCAAGGCUUGGCGGGCAGUAACGCAUGGCUCACCUCACGCUUCCUGUACCACGUGGGGGGCUUCCUCAUCCCCCUUCUGGUGAUGGGCUGGUGCUACGCAGGGGUGGUGAAGCGCCUGUGCCAGGCCCAGCGGAGACACCAGCGGCAGAAGGCCAUCAAAGUAGCCAUCCUGGUGACGGGGGUAUUUUUUUUCUGCUGGUCCCCUUAUCAUGUGGUCAUAUUCCUAGACACACUGGUGAUGCUAGAUGCUGUGCCCAAGUCCUGCCAGCUGGAUGACCACCUGGCAACAGCCAUCACCACAUGCGAGUUCUUGGGCUUGGCUCACUGCUGUCUCAACCCUGUGCUUUAUACCUUUGUGGGUGUGAAGUUCCGAAGUGACCUGAUCCGCCUGCUGGGGAAGCUGGGCUGCAUGGUCCCUGCUGCCCGCCACCGAUUCCUCUCCAGCUGGCGCAAGGGCAGCAGCUCAGAAUCAGAGAAUGCCACUUCUAUCACCACUUUCUAG